GAGCUAGAGAGAGCUAGAGAGGAUCUCUGUCUUUGAAAAUAGCUCACUUUAACAGGAGCAAGCCUGCACAGAGCCAUCCCUGAAUCUAUUUCAAGGCUUGCCUACCUGCCAGGUGAGCCAGGAUGAUGGCCAUGAACAGUAAGCAGCCGUUCAGCAUGCACCCCAUCCUCCAGGAACCCAAAUACUCCAACCUGCACUCCAGCUCAGAGGCUAUGCGCAGGGUCUGCCUUCAAGCCCCUCAGCUCCAGGGCAAUAUAUUUGGAGGCUUUGAUGAGAGUCUACUGGCCCGUGCUGAAGCUCUGGCGGCUGUGGAUAUUGUCUCACACGGCAAGAACCAUCACUUCAAACCAGACGUGACCUACCAUACCAUGAGCAGUGUCCCAUGUACAUCUACCUCUUCUACAGUGCCCAUCUCCCAUCCUUCCGCCUUGACCACUCACCCUCACCACUCAGUGCACCAAUGCUUGGAAGGGGACCUCCUAGACCACAUAGCCCCAACCUUGACUGUCACUGGUAUGGGGACAACAGACCACUCGGUGAUGUCCUCCCAGAUCCAUUCACACCAUCUGGGAGCCAUGGGGCACCUUCACCAGGCUAUGGGCAUGGGCCAUCCCCACUCUAUGUCUUCUCACAACGGCAUGUCCUGCCUCAACGACGUGGAGUCGGAUCCUAGGGAGCUGGAGGCUUUUGCCGAGAGGUUCAAGCAGAGGAGGAUAAAACUCGGGGUCACCCAAGCAGAUGUUGGCUCAGCCUUGGCCAACCUCAAGAUUCCAGGCGUGGGUUCCCUAAGCCAGAGCACCAUCUGCAGGUUUGAGUCUUUGACCUUGUCCCACAACAACAUGAUAGCCCUCAAACCUGUCCUUCAGGCUUGGUUGGAGGAAGCAGAGGCCGCUUAUAGGGAGAAGAACGCCAAACCGGAGCUCUUCAACGGUAGUGAACGGAAACGUAAACGUACGUCAAUCGCAGCCCCUGAGAAGCGCUCGCUGGAAGCGUACUUCUCCAUCCAGCCCAGACCUUCUUCGGAGAAAAUAGCGGCCAUUGCCGAGAAAUUGGACCUUAAAAAGAACGUGGUUCGGGUCUGGUUUUGUAAUCAGAGACAAAAACAGAAAAGGAUGAAAUAUUCUGCAGUUCAUUAAUCUGGCAGACCCAUGACUUUUUACUAGAGAUAUAAUUCAAGACAACAACAAAAAAUAAAAAAAAGAGCAGGGAUCUUUAUUGAGAACUUUUGAGGACUUGCAGUCAAUCAACACAAGAAGCCAUCAUCUUUCUCCUUCCUUCCUCCACCUUGACACGUGUGGUCACAUCAGGUAGAAGAGAACUUUCUGAGGAUCAAUGGUACCUGAAGGAACUGGUUUUCCUUACUAGGUGCAGCUACUCUUCCCCCUACUUUACCAAUACAUUGCAAUAACUCUAACACAAGUAUUUCACUGUGGCUUUUAUGCUUGUAGCACCCUUUUCUUCUAUAUUCUCCUUACCAACAUCGUUACAGUAUUAGUACUGUUUUAUAGGGAUAAACAAACUUUACUUCUUGAUUUGAUCCAGAAUCCUUAAGCUGGCCAUACAAUUAUAAAAUGUUCUUGUUAAAUUUUCUUUUAGAUUUAAAUACAUUAGCCCUGGGAUUUUAAAUUGACAUG